AUGCCUGAGCAGAUCAGCGUCUCGGAGUUCCUGGCGGUGACUUCUGAAGACCUGAACUCCCCGGCGGCUUCUACCUUCUCCUCCAAAAUGCAGAAGUGCCGGGGGGCAGUGGCGGUGCUGGAAGAGAGCCUGGACGGUGACCAAGCAAUUCUCCAGAGGAUAAGGAAAUAUGUGAAAGCCAUUCAUGUCUCCGGGCUCACACACGUCGAGAACGAGGAGCAGUACAGCGAAUCUCUGGAGAACUUCGGCAACAACCACCUGUCCCAGAACAAUCACGAGCUUUCCACCGGCUUCCUGAACCUGGCGGUCUUCACCAGAGAAGUGACCGCGCUCUUCAAGAACCUGGUGCAGAAUCUGAACAACAUCGUUUCCUUCCCCCUGGAGAGCCUGCUGAAGGGGCAGCUGAAAGAUGGCCGGCUGGAUUACAAGAAGCAGAUUGAGAAGGCCUGGAAGGAUUAUGAGACCAAAGUAGCAAAGAUCGAAAAGGAGAAGGAGCGCGCCCGGAUAGCGGGACUCAUCCAGGCGGAGCCGUCGCCGGCGGAGAUCGCCGAGGAGACGCAGAAGGAGCGCCGGAUGUUCCAGCUUCAGAUGUGCGAGUACCUGCUGAAAGCUAAUGAGAGCCAGACGAAGCAAGGUCCGGACUUCCUGCAGAGCCUGAUCAAGUUUUUCCAUGCGCAACAUAAUUUCUUCCAAGAUGGCUGGAAGGCUGCUCAGAAUCUCUACCCUUUCAUUGAGAAACUCGCCGCAUCUUUACAUGCACUGCACCAGGCCCAGGAGGAGGAGGUGAAGGAGCUCACUCAGAUCCGUGACUCCCUCCGAGGCAUCCUGCAGCUGGAGAACAAAGAGGAAAACCUGCUCAGGAAGAACUCUGGCAGCGGCUACAGCAUCCACCAGCACCAAGGGAACAAGCAGUACGGGACGGAGAAGUCGGGCUUUCUGUGCAAGAAAAGCGACGGAAUCCGGAAAGUGUGGCAGAAGAGGAAGUGUGGCGUGAAGUAUGGCUGCCUCACCAUCUCGCACAGCACGAUCAACCGGCCUCCCGUGAAGCUGAACCUGCUGACCUGCCAAGUGAGACCUCACCCGGAGGAAAAGAAGUGCUUCGACCUUGUGACACAUAACAGGACAUACCACUUCCAGGCUGAGGAUGAACAGGAGUGUGUUGUCUGGGUGUCCGUGCUCCAGAACAGCAAGGAUGAAGCUCUCAGCAACGCCUUCAAGGGUGACCCGAGCGGCUGUGCGGCCUCCGCCGGGGGGGUGACAGACACUGGCCUGCAGGAGCUCACCAAGCUGGUCAUUGGCGAGGUGAAGGGCAUGCCAGGCAACAAGCAGUGCUGUGACUGCGGGGCCCCAGAUCCCACGUGGCUCUCCAUCAACCUGGGCAUCCUGACGUGUAUUGAGUGCUCGGGCAUUCACCGGGAGCUGGGGGUGCACUACUCCCGCAUACAGUCCCUGACCCUGGACGUUCUCAGCACCUCUGAACUGCUGCUGGCGGUCAGUAUCGGAAAUGCCCGGUUUAACGAAAUCAUGGAGGCCACGCUGCCGGCGCAGGGGAAUCUGAAGCCUUCGUCAAGCAGCGAUAUGAGCGCCAGGAAAGAAUAUAUCGUGGCCAAAUACAUGGAGCGCAAGUAUGUCCAGAAAGCCGGCAGGGAUGAGCCGCACCGGCUCUGGGAAGCCAUUCGCAACCGGGAUCUCUUUGCCUUGUUACAAGCCUUUGCGGAGGGGCACGAACUAGCAAAACCCCUGGCUAGCCCCGACAGCCAGGACCGGGGUGAGUUGGCACUGCACCUCGCUGUGCGUUAUGCAGACAAGACCUCCCUCCCGCUGGUGGACUUCAUCAUUCAGAAUGGGGGGAACGUGGACAAGGCAACUCCGGACGGGAACACGGCUCUGCACUACAGUGCUCAGUACAACCAGCCCAACUGCCUCAAGCUGCUGCUGAAAGGGAAAGCAGCCAUAAACACAGUGAAUGCAGCAAGCGAGACGGCCCUGGACGUAGCAAGGAGGCACAAACACCUUGAGUGCGAAGAGCUGCUUGAGCAGGCACAGGCCGGGAAGCUAAACCUGGAGGUGCACUUGGAGUACAACUGGGAGGCCUCUCAGGAAUACGCCUACGACAGCGAGGACGAGCUGGAGGAGAAGCUGAGCCCGCUGCAGCGAUCCUUCAAGUCCACGUCGGCCCCAACUACGGGCCAGCCCGCCCUCGUCCCCCAGAACCGGUGGAGCUGCACUGGCAUGGACAUCAGCAACAAGACCUACGAGACCAUCCUGGUCCCCUCGCGGCCCAUCCAGCGGCGGUCACAGAGCGAGGAGAUCCCCCCACCGCUGCCCAUCAAAAACCCGACCAGAGGUGGCUCCAGAACCAAACCGGGGCAGAGCCCAGCAGAUCGCCCAGAGCUCCCGCGUCAGGCCUCCGAGCCCCAGUUCUCUGCGUCGUCAGAGGCACCUGCCUGCCGACACCUGUCCACAUCCAGCGCUCCCAGCACCUUGGACGGCUGUGCUUCCCGGCCGCCGUCCACCUCCCGAAGCCCCCCGGAAGCCAGACGCACGGUCUACUGGGAAACCCGCUCAGAGACAGAGAGCGGCAGCCAGCGGAGGAUGUCGGAGACCAAUCUGACAACAGUCCAGCAGCCUGCCGCUGGGACGUCGCCGGAACAGGGGCAAAUAACCCCAGUCAAGUUCAGCUCAGAAAGCACCCGGUCUUACCGGCGGAUCAGCGGCGGCUCGGUGGGGAAAUCCUCCGGCUUGGCCAUCUCCCCGCAAAGCUCGGGCUGCCCCGAGGACUUGCCUUCCAGCAAGGCGCCGAGUCCAGUACAGAACACUCCCCCUGUACCCAUGCCCAGGAGGUUUGCUCCGGCCAAGGUGAGGCAGAAGAGGGCGAUGGCUCUGGUGGACUGCAAGGGGGAGAGGGCCCGGGAGCUGAGCUUCUCCAAGGGCGAGGUGAUCGUGGUGACCCGGGAGGAGGAUGAGCAGACCUGGGUCGGCUUCAUUGAAGGAGAUGGCUCCAGGACGGGCGUCUUCCCUGCCAGCUCCGUCCACCUCUUGCAAGAGUGA